AAUAAAGCUUCACAUUUCCACCGCUCGAGAGCUCCAAAAGCAAUUUGAAGUUUAUCUGGAUACAUCAUUAGGUUAUUCUAUAGAUAUUCCAAAUUUUAUUAUUUUACAAGAAUUUUAGUAGAAAAAAUUAACUUGCAAAAAUGACUAUGGCAAUGUUGCAACGCCGUGCUAAUGUACGGUUGCCACCCGAAGUAAACAGAGUGUUGUAUAUCAGAAACCUACCAUACAAGAUUACAGCUGAAGAAAUGUAUGAUAUAUUUGGAAAAUAUGGAGCUAUCAGACAAAUUAGGGUAGGUAACACAGCAGAGACAAGAGGCACAGCAUUUGUUGUAUACGAAGAUAUAUUUGAUGCAAAGAAUGCGUGUGAUCAUUUAAGUGGUUUCAACGUAUGUAAUCGUUAUUUAGUGGUUCUGUAUUAUCAGAGUAACAAAGCAUUUAAGCGAAUUGACGUUGAUAAAAAGAUGGAAGAUCUAGAUAAAUUGAAAACAAAGUAUAAUCUAAAUGAUGAGAAAAAGUAAUUGGUCAAAUAUUUGUACAAUAUAUAUUUUUUUUUAUAUAAAAGAUAGUUGCGUGUAUGUCUGCAUGUGGUUUAUAUAUGUAACACACUUUUUAAGUUACAUUAUGUUUUAUAUGUAACAAUUGAACAGAUGAAUGAAUGUAUAGUAAAAAAAUGUUAAUUAAGAAUAAUAUAAAUAAAAUAAACUUUAAGUUAUAUGAAA